GUUUACUUUAUUUGGUUAUCAAAAUUGGCAGUAUAUUUUUCACGAUAAAUGGGCUACCACGUAUCUAUAGCGUGACUUAUAAUAAAAAAUGGUCGUUGAAAAAGCAAUUAGAAAUUAGUGGGCUAUCAUCAAGUGCCAUUACAUGCCUUGGCCUCGAGACGGAUUUCAUCUGUGAUUCGACAUUUCAACACUGUGUACGGUAUUACGUUACUAAGUGAUUUACAAACGCACCCCUGAAAAUACACGUCAGUAUUACAAACGCCAAUUGCAUCACAAACUGCGCAAGUCAGUGCCGGCAAUAGCCCUGAAUAUUUGUAUAAAAGAUAAGAGAGAAUUGACUGGCUAGUGGCUACUGCGCAAAAUCGAAAUAAGGAAGAUAAUAAGGAAGCAGCAAAACAAGUGCACUAAAAAAACAUGAUUUCUCAAAAACGUGUGGAGCUUUGAAAACAAGCGAACAUGUGAUAAACUCGGGAACCGCACUAUAAUAUGGCGGCUCCAUCAUCAACCGGUGUAGUCGUACCACGUAACUUCAGACUACUGGAAGAACUUGAGGCUGGACAAAAAGGCGUCUCUGAUGGAACCAUCAGCUGGGGUCUAGAAAACGACGAUGACAUGACUCUCACACAUUGGAUGGGUAUGAUAAUUGGGCCCCCUAGGACCCCUUACGAGAAUAGGAUGUAUUCUGUGAAAGUAGAAUGUGGCCAGAGGUACCCCGAUGAAGCCCCAACAGCAAAGUUCAUAUCUAGAAUAAAUAUUAAUUGUAUCAACAGCAACAAUGGUGUGGUAGACAACAGACAGGUGCCUGUGCUAGCCAGAUGGCAACGAGACUACACCAUAAAGACAGUGCUGCAGGAGUUGCGCAGGCUGAUGACACUGAAGGAGAACAUGAAACUCGCUCAGCCCCCUGAAGGCAGUUGCUUUUAGCCGCCGGGCUGGCAGUCGGCCCAUAGCAACAGCAGCAGUAGCACUGUGCCCCCUGCAACGAGGGCUCCGCCUGUGGCCCCCCAGCUCUCAUGCAGUCUGCUCUAGAAUGGGGCCCCGAUUAUACACCCACCCAUUUCUCAGCUGGCUGCGACUUUUUAUAGUAUGAGAUGUAGCUUAUGUACAAUAGGCUAUAUGGCUAAGGUGUUUGGGUAUUUGGUAAUUACCUUUUGAAUUUUUUUUUUUGAGCUAUUUAUGUAUUCUAGCUUUUUUAAGUCAGUAGUUGUUACAAAUUAAUUUGGUGCUUUAAAAUAGUUUUCUUCAGUUCAGCUUUAUAUUGCAUAAGGGCCUGUUUCUAAAUAGCUGUUAACAUUUCCAUUUGCAGAGACACAUGAUGUUGAAAUUAUGUUCAUGAUAGAAAACCUAUAUGGAACAAUAGUUCAAAAUUUUUUACAUGUACUGGGCACAGCAUUAAACAAAAAUAUUUUUUGUCCUAAAAAUACAGCUUACUUCAAAAGGUAACUACUAUCAAAUGUACAAACAAAAGUAAAUAUGAAUAAAAAAUUUGCAGACUGUUUUUGUUAGGGCUGCUUAAGUUCUACCUGUACACUAUUUUAUUUAAUAAUGAUGUAAGUUAACUCACAAUAAUUGUUUGAUAAAAUAAAUAUAAAUAUAACAUUUUGGAUUUGUGUGUGUAUUACCACUAUUCCUGUGUUAUUGUAAAUAAAAAGUUUUGUAGAUUUAUAAAUACAAAAUGUGUGCUUCAAAAAAUGAAAAAUUCUUGGCUUUAACUCUAUAUUGAGAUGUUUAAGAGACAUGACGUGUCUAUUUUGGGGCACACAUCAUGCUUCUAGCUUCUUUGUUUUAGGGCCGUAUCGUCAGUCGGUCCUACGAUUGUAGAGCGCCUUUAUGGCCUUUCAGAAAGGCUGGGGUAUUUCUAGAUUUCUAAUGUUCCAUGUCGGCGCUGUCCUAUUGUGAAGUUAUGUUUUUUUCUGACUUGUAGAAAAUUUCAAGAUGAUAUAAAUCAGAAGAAUGAACAAUUUGAUGUAAAUAGAUAUUUGGGACCUACCCUCAAAAUAGAGCGCUGACACGCACACCAUGAAAGAGGCCAUAAAGGCGUCCUCCAAUUCUAGGACGACGUUAUGGCCCUUAUACAGGACACAUACCAUGGAUCUAGAUGUGUUGUUGCUGGAAUAUAUGUGCAGAUACUUUAAAAGAACAAUAUAUUUUGUGAUCAUUAAAAUAAAACGUGUAACUUACCCCUCAAAGUGUUUUGAGUAGACGGUAUAAUGGCCCCCUUCUCAAAUAAAAAC